CUCUGUGUUGUUGCACCAGAGUUACUGUCAUGUGAUAGCUCGUCCGAGGAGCUGCUGUUGACAGUAGCUUUCCCCAACCUCUAGAUGAAGCUAAAGUAAAAACCAAGAAGGAGAAAAAGUUGUAUGACUGCUGGAGAGGAUCAACACGGCCCGUUUCUGACGGAGAACAGGGAAGCCGGGGUUGUGUAGCUUCACCUCGGACGCUGACAUGGGUUGCUGUUACAGCAACGAGAACGAGACCACCGAGCAGGACCCUGAUGAACGUAAACCGCUGAUCCCCCACCCGAACCCUAUUAGCAAACCCCCAAAUGGGACCGACUGGAUACCUAGCAGUGUCCCCUCAGCGAGGACGGAUGAACAGGCCCUCCUUACAUCCAUCCUAACCAAGACGGCACAGAACAUCAUUGAUGUGUCAGCAGCGGACUCUGUCAUGAUGGAGCAGCAUGAAUACAUGGACAAAGCUCGGCAAUACAGUACAAAGCUGGCUGUGUUGAGCAACAAUCUGCCCCAAAAGAAAUCCCUCGCUCUCCCCUCCCUCACCAGCCAGCCCCACCAAGUGCUUGCGAGUGACCCGGUGCCAUACACAGAUGUUCAGCAGGUGUCCAAGAUAGCCGCUUACGCUUACAGUGCAAUCUCUCAAAUCAAAGUGGAUGCUAAAGAAGAACUGGUGGUCCAGUUUGCCAUUCCCUGAUUCUGCGACCGUGGCACGCACACCUGUUCCUCCCAUCCCGCUCUCUCUGUGUCACCUCUGCAUCCUCACCCUCCAGCCCACCCUUUAUUAAAGCAUCUUGGUUCUUGUGCUUCUUAGCUAUGCCUCUAACUGCUACAAAGACAGAGACAAUGUAGGAUUGCACCCUAUGGCUGUCUUUUAGUGUCCUUAAUUAUGUGUCAGUUACAAACUCUCUGCAUGGGCAAUGGAAGAUGGUCGACUGUAGAUGGGCCAUUAGGGUGUGCGCUCAUAUUAACAACAACAACAACAAGGCCUCCUCUGUACGUGGAUCACAGGCUUUGUCAGAACCAGAUGUGGAAAAAUCAUCAUUCAUCCUUCUUGGUAAUCGCUGUAAUCUUUUAAACGGUUUCAGAGCUGUCUCAGUGUCUUUAUUUAGUUAGUUUCCUUAGCCUGUAUACUCAGGCAAGCAAGGGUAGCUUAGCACCCCAGACUGUGAUGGCAUCGAAGAAAUGCACAGUUUAUUCACCUGGUAUAGAGCUGUAUGAUUUUUGAUGCAAUGCGUAGAUUAUUGGUGAAUGUCUUUGUUACAAUCUUCAUUGGAACAGGAGAAAUUAGGAAUCUCUGUGGCCUGGAACAAGUACCAUAGGUGCAUGUGGAAUGGUUGAGUAUUUUAGCCAUUUACCAGGAUUUUCAACAUGGCAUAAAGUUUGCACUUCAUAUGUCUUUAACUCUCCAAAAAUUUGAAAAGUGCAGCCAGAAAAAAACGAGUAUACGUGUUAAGGGGCCAUUAGGAUUAAGAAGGUUGUAAUACUAUAGUUCUGAUGUGUGCUGGUGAGAUUUGACCAUCAAUCAUCCCACAGUGAUCUGGUGUCACACUGCACCACGAUUCACGUCUCACUACAACCUAAACAUGAACCAGUAAACCAACCUUACAUUUCACUGUAAUAAGAUUAAAAAUCUGACAGAGAAAUAGUUGGGUCGGUUAUUGGUUGUCCGUUGUGAAAUCUGUUAUUCCAGUUGAGGCUAAAUUAUGAGUGACCUGACAAUGACCGGUGUCCUCUGGUGGGUGAGGAUGCGAACACACGCAGGAGGAUGCUGGGUGGGCCUACCAAUGUCAAAGGGGAGAGGGAAGACAGAGUUCUUGAGUUUACAGACAGUAAUGUUUCUUCUGCAGUUUUCUAGCACAAAAAAAAAAUAGCUGGCAGACUCUUUCAAUCAAAUCCCAGAACUUCACAUAUUUAAUAGCAGUGGAGGCAUACAGAUAUGAAGGGGGUUGGUGUGUGGAGGGUGCAGUGACAGAUAUCAUGUAUUCAUGCCGCCUUUGUACAGAAUUUUCUGAAAACAGAUGAUGGAUUGUAUGAAGCUCCUCUUUUUGUAGAGAGUUCAUUAGUCAGGAUUGGCUACAAUAUUGUGGUGAUAAAUAAAUGUUUUAUGAAACACAAGAAAACUUUUAAAAACUGCAUCUGUGAGCUUUUAAAACAAAGCUUUCCGCUGCAGUUUGUAAUAUGAUUGAGUUGUUCAUAUUAAUCAGAAACUAACCAUUGUAGCAGUGUGAGGGAGCGCUAACGAUCUAUGUACCACUGCAGAUAAAAUUAUCCAAGACCUUUUUUGUGAUUAUUUAUUUGUGUUUUUAAAUGUUUAUUUGCUCUUCGGAGGAGAGCACAUGACAAUGCGUGAGCAGGUGUCAGGGUGAGCCGCUCUGGAGUCUCUAAAGGGAUAAUCUGCAAGGCUGUGAUUAUUUCAACCACGCAAUUUAGUUGAGCUUUUUGCAAUGGGUUCUUGGCAUUUUUUUUUUCUGUUUUGUUUGUUACUCAAAUGUGUUAUACUACCUGAAAUAUGUUUGUAAUAUCUUAGGCUAGUACCAAAAAGUUUUACGAGUUUUUGUUUUUCUUGGUUUAAUUAAUUCAUUAAAGAUU